AUGUGGUCCUCAGGUUCCCACUUGAAGCGCGUGUGUGCUGCAGCAACCGACGGUCGAACCUCGAAUGUUCGCUUUAUACAAAGUCAGCUUAAGGCGCUUCACCAAAGUAUCCUGGAAACUCGUGUCGAGAUCGUUGAGACCAUUUCUUCCGAUCAAUUCACCACCGAGGUAGAGGCGAAAUUAGAAUUUGCGUUGGCGAUAGGCGCGGUGAAACAGCACUACGAUACGAUCGACUUUGACCACGCCAUCGCGAAAGAGUACCGUAUUGCGAGGGGCGAGAACAACAUCGAACGCCGGGUGGGCCACGGUGUGGUUCUGAUCAAACCGACUACCCAUACACGUUUUUAUUCGAUUAUUUCCGCCGUGGCAUGCGCCAUCGCGGCAGGAAAUACUUUCGUGGUUGAGUGUGACGAUAUUCCAAUUGAUGCCUUGCUGUAUAUAUUGUUUCAAUCUAUGGACUGGGAGCUAUAUGGCCUUGUUCAGGGUUCCGUGACCAGUCAUGAGAUUCUCUCCACAGCCCUGGUCAUCGAUCAGACCGGCGCAGCGAUGAAUCUCAAUUGUGUCAAGUCCAUCCCCACCCUUCCCUCGAUUGCUGUGGUUGAACGCACAGCGGACGUGAUAAAAGCGGCCAAAGAAAUCCUCUCAGCGAAUCUUGCAUUUUCCGGCCAGUCACCACAUGCCCCAAAUUUGGUGAUCGUGAAUGAGUGGAUCAAAAAGGAAUUCAUAGAUACAGUUCUCCGCGAGGAUCGCAAUAUUGACCGCGAGUUGAAUUUCCCUCAUAACAGAGAUCCGGAAUGGAAGAAGAGUCUCGCAGAGGCCCAAGCUAAGGGGGAGGCAACACUUGUCGAGUCUCAUUCUGUCUUCAUCGUUGACGUUAAGGAAAGCUCAUCGCCUCUAAUCGCUCAGCGAGGCAGUGGCAGAUGUUUGACUCUGCUUACCGUCGCUAGUUUAGCGGAUGCUGUUCUUGCACUUUCCUUCAUACCCAAAUAUCUCACCGCGUACCAUUUCGCAAAACCGGAUGCUGGCAAGUUCCUGAGCCAACAUAUCGACAGCCACUUCUCGUUCAUCAAUCACAUCCCAGUGGAGAUCCUCGUCGGUCCAGCUCUGCCUCUCAAGCAAUCUUCAUUUUCACAUAGCCUACGCUACACAACCGAAAUGCUUUCCCGACCACGACCUGAGAUUAUCCAACCAAUUGAGAAUUCCAACAUCAAUCUCGAAGAUCUGGCUAACCUGGGAUCCUCCAAAUUACGACUUCUUGAGCAAAAAGCAGCAAAUCCACUGAAAGGGACUGGUCAAGGUCCUGGAACAGCCAUUGGAUUCUUCGAGCAAGGCAUUGUGGUGGGUGCCUUGUUCAUUGUAUUACCAGUUAUAUCAGCUGUAGGAUAUUCUACUUGGGUGUUUACACAGAAAUUCAUCCUGCCGAAUGCUCCUGGUAUCUCGUGGGCAUUCUGA